UCGCCGGAAGCUCGCCGCGCCCUCUCCCAGUUCUCAACUUAACUUCCUUGGGGUGUUCGGGUUCUUGCGUUGGAAACCAUCGUUGGCUUCCUUAGUCUGUGGUUGCAGCAGCUGUCAGCAGAGAAUAUUCAUGACGUCCGUACGACGGGUUUCUUCGCUCUUGGCGCUGGGAGUGGCGCUCUUCGCUGCUGGAGGUGCCGAUGCUUUCACCACGACAUCUGGCCGUGUGGGUGUAACCACCAAUGCCCGACGGCUCGAGCGGGCAGCAGCAGCAAGCACGCCCUCCUCGGUUCGGGGCAAGCGACGGAUCACCCCGACAGCCGUUUCCGCACAGCCAACGGAGAAGGCGGUAGAUGCCGGCAAAGAUACCACGGACCCUUUGCUGCUGCGUGCGGCUCGCGGAGAGAAAGUGGAGCGAGUGCCGGUGUGGAUGAUGCGGCAGGCGGGCAGGCACAUCAAGGAGUAUCGGGAUCUCGUCCAAAAGCACCCUACCUUUAGGGAGAGGUCGGAGACCCCAGAAUUGUCAACUGAGAUCUCUCUACAGCCUUGGAGGAACUACAAGACUGACGGCGUUAUCCUCUUCUCCGACAUCCUCACACCUCUCCCGGGUAUGGGCAUCGAUUUCACCAUCGAGGAGAAGGCGGGGCCGAAGAUUCCUCCCAUGCGAACAUGGGAUUCGAUGAAGAAGAUGCACCCCAUCGACCCGGAGAAGGCGUGCCCCUUCGUGGGACAGACUCUCAACGAGCUGAGGGGCGUUGUCGGAAACGAGGCCACCGUGCUCGGCUUCGUCGGCUGUCCCUACACGCUGGCCACCUACAUGGUCGAGGGCAAGACCUCCAAGGAGUACCUGGAGAUCAAGAAGAUGGCGUUCCUGGAGCCCAAGCUUCUGCACGCCAUGCUGAAGAGCCUGGCUGACUCCAUCGGCGACUACGCCAACUACCAGGUGGACAGCGGCGCUCAGGUUAUCCAGGUGUUUGACUCUUGGGCGGGACACCUUAGCCCCAAGGACUACGACACGUUCGCCGCACCCUACCAGCGAAUGGUGAUCGAGAAGAUCAAGGCGGUUCACCCCGAGGUCCCGGUGAUCAUCUACAUCAACAAGUCCGGGGCUUUGUUGGAGCGCAUGGCCACGUCUGGCGUGGACAUCGUAUCGCUGGACUGGACAGUUACGGUCCCGGAGGCUCGCAAGAGGAUAGGCGACGACAUCGGCAUCCAGGGCAACCUCGACCCGGCCAUCUUGCACGGCGACCACGCCACCAUCAAGGAGCGCACGGAGGAGAUUCUUCGCGACGGAGGGGGGCGCAACCACGUCAUGAACCUUGGACACGGUAUUGAUGCAGGAACGCCGGAAGAUAAUGCGGCGUUCUUCAUAGACACCGUCAAGAACUUCCGCUUCUGAGCCAACCCCUGGUCGGGUGGAAGCGUACAGAUUAUUUGUCAUGGAUGAAUAGGCAAUUUUGGUUCGGCAGAAAUUUAGCAUUGCUGGAGUGCUUUAUACAGAUUGAGACUUUCGAAUGUGUUGCGUACGUGUGUCAGACCUGCCCACUUUUGCUCUGGUACGACGUGGGACAAUCCUGAUAGUUUAUAAGGUCGUUUAUGAUUGGUUAUUCGGAAAGUGUUGAUUCCACGUGUAGACAGAAAUGCGGCGCGACUGUGAUGAUGACAUAGAUUUUUUUCGUCGAGGUCGUAGAUGAAAAGCUGUGUAUUUAGAGUGUUAUCCGAUGGUCUGACACUGUUGAGGCUAGGAAACGAACGAAGGCUCCUGAGAU